AUGUGCGGCUAUCACGAACUCCAAACCCCCUGCUGUGGCGAAAAGACAGGCUUCUCGCCCUCCUCUGACCACAAAUGCACCCACUACUUCACGAACAACCGCUACUGUCGUACCGGCUCCAUCCACAGCUGGAUCCUCUCCUCACGCCCUCUCACCACACGCACAAAAUGCGAGAGCUGCAAGCAGGAAGAGAAACACGAACAAGCAAUUCUCCAAGCCGAGAUCUCAAGACGAGAAAAGCAGAUGGAAAAGGAAAGACUGGAGCAAGAAGAAAGAAGAAAGCAGGAACAAGCUAGGGAGUUGAGAUUGUGGGACAAGGAGUUGAAGAGGGUUAGGGAUGAGAGACAGAGUGGAAGUGGAAAUGCGGCGGAUGCUUUGAGAAGCCAGAUGGCUGAAGGCACCAACUCGUCUCGGCAUCAACACACAGACAUAAACAGAAGGUGCCCUCAACCUACUUCUUCUUCCAGCACGAACCCGACACGCUCGCACUUCCCACGACAUCCCCAUCAACCGCAACUACCGCAACUCACUACCAUCGCAACUCACGACAUCAAAACUACCAUCACAAUGUGCACCAGAAGAGUCAGUCGCUACAACACUUGCCCUUACCGCUACAACAAAACCCUUGAGGAGAAGCUGUGUCUCAAGAAAGGUGUCAUUGCUCCGUGCCCUCCUGAGGAGUGGUUGUUCAUCAACGAACUUCCCAACGCUGAGCUCUGUCCUUGCGAACAGUGUGCAGCUGCUGCUGAGCGCCGCCUCGAGCUGCAGAGUCCUGCUAGCAAGGCUAAUGACAUUUCUCAGUGA